AUGCCCAUGAAUGUGCGCGUGGCAGUGGUGGUCGACCCAGCAGCAGCACCCGUCUACGUGCACACGGCCCGCGGGCCGGGGACGCGUCUAGGGAAGGAUGUGACCAUGGUCGAUGGGCCCUACAGCAAGCUGAAAGAGGUGGAGCGUGAUUUCCCCGCCUCGGUCUCGGUGAUCGUCGAGCCUUUCAAGCCCUCGCUGUACCAGGUCGACAUCCGAUACGUCCGGGAGCUCGGCAAGAACAACGGCGACGCGGAGACGCGAGCCAAGAGCCACGUGAAGCAGUGGCAGGCGCUGCACAAGUGCUGGGACCUGAUCGAGGACAUGGAUCCUGACUACACUCUGCGCCUUCGAGACGAUGACAUCGUCUACGCCCCCUGGGUGCCCUCUGGCUCCGCGCCCGGUCUUGUGGUUCCCAAGUGCGCCUCCUUCGGCGGAGUGAACGACAAGGGUGCCUUGGCGAUCUCGGCCCCCGCGGCGAAGGCGUACCUCACAGCGCCCUUCGAGGUCGGUGUGUUUAACUUCUCCGCGGUGUAUCGCCUGCAUAAGCGGAGCAGCCAAGGGCCACGUCAACCCCUCCGCCCAGAGCGGCUCCUGAAGUUCGUCCUCAACCUGGAGGACGUGUCCGUGGACAAAGUGGAGAUGGAGCAGGCACCUUUUUUGCCGGGACACUUCGUGGAGGCGGAGGGGCAGAAGUAUGUCUGCUACUUCUACUCCAUGCACGACUGCUUGACUUCCCAGAAGGUGAAGGAGCUGAAGAAGAAGGGGCUCCAGUUCGGAGGCGUGCAGAAAAGCGGCUUGGAGCGCUGGGCCUGCGAAGCAGCGCCGCAGUGA